AUGGAGAGGAUAAGAAUGGGGCCAGUUGGUCUGAUGCAGAGGUGCCAUUUCGUUUGGGAUGAGACUGGCCAGAAUGUAAUAUCGCACAUAAACGUCUCAUUUAGCAAGAAGGGAGUAACUUCUAUUCAAUUUGGAUAUGUCGAGAAUGGAGCUCUGGUCAUGUCAGUAACGUACGGGUCAUCAUCAGCUGUUUGUAGCAGGCGAAUUUUGAGGCUGAAGCAUGAGUCAGAGUUUGUGACUGGUAUAAGCGGGGAACUAUACAAUGGUUACAUUUCUUCUCUGACGUUUCAUACAAAUCAAAGGAAACACGAAGCAGUUCACUCGACGCUCGAGUCAGGAAAAGAGGUCUCUGAGAAGCUGGAGUUUCAUUCAGGGAUAUUUGAACGUCGUGAGUUUUUGGGUUUCUUUGGUUCUUCUAACCGUUCUCAGUUGAUCUCGAUUGGUUUCUAUGUGAGGCUUAUGCUCCCUAAUGUUAUGGCCAUCAAACAAGAAAAUGUUUCAACAAGCAGGCCGUGA